CUGGGUUCAACUCGUCUGAGGUAGCGUCUAUAUGCACCUCGGUUAUAUCAGCACUGGUCCCGGUGCUGACCGCUAAUAACACGGAAAGGAAUUUUUUGGGAGAACAGAAUCCCUCCGGUUUGCAGAGGGAUGGCGUUGGUGAAUUAGGGGCUGCUGUUUUACAGGCCAGAACGGGUGGAAGUAAUAGGGGCAAUAUGAAUAUUAAUGAGUUUCUGGUAGAUGUUUCUCCUUGCAUUUCUACAGAGGAGUCCUUUGCAGCCCCUGAAGUGCAGGAGGAUUCUGGGGAAUCAGCGGCUGUGGUAGAGUCUGCCCUGGACGAGGGAUGUCUUUAUGGUGAUACGCCCGGAUUGGAGGGCUUAGCUCUACGAUCCUUGGCUCCCUCCACCCUUCGAGGGUACAGAAAUGCUAUGGGAGAGUGGGAAAGAUAUGUUCAUUUGCAUCAGGAGCAAGAUUUGCGCUUGGAUGAGUGUCCAAUUUGGAUUAUGGGGCACUCAUACGUGUACUAUUGUGAAAGAUCUGGUGUGGUGUGUCUUCAGUCCCCUGAAGCUAAUCUGGUCAGAUGGAUCGGAGUGAGGGGACUUCGCUGGGAGCAAGUCAUCCCCCUUUUUUGGCAACAGUUGGAGAGGUCGGGAUACCCGCUGAGGGUGGUGUUCCAUGUUGCCGGAAACGAUUUGACCAGAAGGUCUGGUUUAGAUCUUCGUAAAACUAUAGUUAGGGACUUAGUUAGUCUGCAGAACAGGUUGUGCUUUCUGAGUGUGGGAUGGUCGGACAUUAUCCCUCGUUUGGUGUGGAGAGGUGCGGACAGACCGGCUGCCAUAGAGUUGAUCCGGCGCCGGAUCAAUUCUGUGGUGGGCAGAGCUGUUAGCGAAAAUUGGGGGUUUGUGGUCCCACAUCCCUCAAUUUCAGUUUCUGCCCCUCAUCUUUAUAUGGCCGAUGGUGUCCAUCUGAAUUUGAGGGGUAUGGAAGUUUUUAUGGAGGAUUUGUUGUUAGCGGUUUUUACUCAGGAAUUUUAUUGAUAGGUUGGAGGAUUUUAGGAGUAGUAAGGAUAGUUUUAAGGUAGAGGUAUGGUGGCGGGGGUUUCGUUGAAACUGUGGCGGGUUGGGACGGCCUGAAAUUGUGGCUGUAAUUUAAAGAGUUUUAUAGGUGCUCAGGAGAUGUGAAGGUGGUGGAGUUUGAUACAUUACGGGGCCGGAGUUCCAUCGGACCAGGUGGGCUUCGGUCUCCGGUGGAGUUGGUACACACCUGAGCACCUUUGGGUGGGAGUUGGGGAAUACCUUGAGUGGAGAGUUGGCCACGGUAUUCCCGAUAAAGAGCAAGUAACACAAGGGGUGGCAAAUGGCCCAUGAUGGCCCCUUGUGAUGAGUGGGGGGCUGGGCUGAAAUUGGGCCCUUAAACCCCCCCCCCUUGUUAUGCGAUGGAGGCCGGGCUAAAGUUGGGCCCUUGCCUCCUCUUGUGUUGUGGUCAGCCACAGUUAAAAGGAAAGGUUAGAAUAAAUAGGGACGUUUAAAUAGGCCGUCCCUCCUUGCCACCAUACCAUUUGUUUUAAUAAAAGCUGACAAUUCUAUUGGCAAACAUUAUUCUGGUGUCAGUGUCAGUUAUUUCUUUAUGGAUGUUGGUGUAUGCGCAUGAAUGAAGAACAGUCUAUGAUAGACAUUUUAAGAGAACGGAGGACAUUUUAUAUGGCUGUAGUGACAUAAAAUUCUGAAUAGCAGGCUGAAUGAAGCAGCUGGAGAAGUGGAGGUAUCCAUGGUAACAGUGGGCCUAUGAGUUGACUGAGGAAUCUGGUGAUGGGAGGGGCUUAGCCCUUAUAAGGAGAGGACUGAAUAGGUUCUCCCCCUUUUCCUCAGUGAAAAUUGACCCACCCACCCGCCCUGGAGGAGUUUAUUAUUGGUGUCGGCUUGGCGGGUUGGGACGGCCUGAAAUUGUGGCUGUAAUUUAAAGAGUUUUAUAGGUGCUCAGGAGAUGUGAAGGUGGUGGAGUUUGAUACAUUACGGGGCCGGAGUUCCAUCGGACCAGAUGGGCUUCGGUCUCCGGUGGAGUUGGUACACACCUGUGCACCUUUGGGUGGGAGUUGGGGAAUACCUUGAGUGGAGAGUUGGCCACGGUAUUCCCGAUAAAGAGCAAGUAACACAAGGGGUGGCAAAUGGCCCAUGAUGGCCCCUUGUGAUGAGUGGGGGGCUGGGCUGAAAUUGGGCCCCUUAAAAGCCUCCCCUUGUGAUGUGAUGGGGGCUGGGCUGAAAUUGGGCCCUUAAAACCCCCCCUUGUUAUGCGAUGGAGGCCGGGCUAAAGUUGGGCCCUUGCCUCCUCUUGUGUUGUGGUCAGCCACAGUUAAAAGGAAAGGUUAGAAUAAAUAGGGACGUUUAAAUAGGCCGUCCCUCCUUGCCACCAUACCAUUUGUUUUAAUAAAAGCUGACAAUUCUA